GUAUUAGAGACAUUAAUACAGAUAUUCCCACUUUUUGAAAGCUCAUGCCAUACCAUGCUUCACCUUUAUGAAAGACCUACCUUCGUGCCUGUUUGCACAAACAGAAAUCUGAAGAAGAUUCUCACUUCUAUUGCAAAAGCUGUAAAAUGAAACAUGUGUGGCAGACAACAGCACCCUAAGCAGUGACCUGUAACCACUGCCAAGCUCCUUCCCAGGACUACUUUGCACAGGCUAUGUAUGUACCACCUCAUCCCUGCUUUUACUACAUCCACGAAACACCCAGUUCGAGGACAUGCAUCAUUCGCGGAAGGCGCUCAGCUGCACACGGGGGUGACGACUCUCAGAAACCCAAGGGAACUUGGAGGGGUUCUGCACGGGGUCUGGAGAGCAGGCGGUGCAGACUCUUUUCUCUCCCAGGUAACAACAUCAAGCGUGAGCCCAGUCCUGGGUGGAUCCGCACUCCUGCGCUUAGAAAAUACCGAAUAAUUGACCAAGAUUUCCGGAAUAAUCGCCUCCCCUGGAGGAACCAAGCCCUCCUCGCCUUCAGCCCGCAGAGCCCGACCUGCGGCCGCUCUCCCCGCAGCGCUGCCCUCGCGGGACCAGGCCCCGGGAUUUGCUUUGGGUCACACUGAUAAGAAAUAUGGAUUCGCUGUCAAUAACUUCACCCGAGAAAGAGAUUCUUUUUUCUUACUAGAAAAAAACAGAUGACUGGUGGAAUCAUGCUGAUGGCAGCUCUGCAUCUUUUUGUGUCAUUAAUUUUUUAAACCUACAAGACAAAUGACUUGUGCUUUAAAGAAAAUGAGUUGUUCAUGGACAUUAUUUUUACCAGUUUUUAUACAAUCUUUUUCCUCUUAAAUCGCACGACUCUCCUAUGAAAUUUAACACAUACAGAACUCUUUAAGUCUUAUUCAAAAUAGCUUUCUUUUUAAGUUUUUAAACCUUGAAUAUUUAUGCACCUUAUUUUUACUUGACAAAGUCCUCAAAAUUUCACAGCAUCAGGAAAGAUAUGGACUUGGAUACUUAUGUUAUUAUAAUAGACUACAGUGAAUUUAAGUGGAUCAUUCAAAACAUCAUCUGUUUCAUCAUCAGAAAUCUCACUUAAAUAUAUAAUUCUUAGCUUUCAUGCAAACAAAGUCGCUUGAAAAUGGCAUGGGUAAAAUUCUUACGGAAACCUAGUGGCAAUCUUGGAAAAGUUUACCAUGGGAGCAUGGUAUCCCUGGCCCCUACCAUAGGCUUGUUCAAUGAACCAGGACAAAACAGCUGCUUCCUUAAUAGUGCUGUACAGGUCUUAUGGCAAUUGGAUAUAUUCCGACGAAGCUUGCGGGUUCUGACUGGACAUUUUUGUCAGGGAGAUGCUUGCAUAUUUUGUGCAUUGAAGACAAUAUUUGCACAGUUUCAGCACAGUCGAGAAAAAGCACUUCCCUCGGAUAACAUAAGGCACGCUCUGGCAGAAAGCUUCAAAGAUGAGCAGCGAUUUCAACUUGGCCUGAUGGAUGAUGCUGCCGAGUGCUUUGAAAACAUACUUGAGAGGAUUCAUUUUCACAUAGUGCCAAGCAGAGACGCCGACAUGUGUACCUCUAAGUCUUGUAUCACUCACCAGAAGUUUGCUAUGACUCUGUAUGAGCAGCGUGUGUGUCGCAGCUGUGGCGCAUCAUCAGACCCUCUACCCUUUACUGAGUUCGUGCGGUACAUUUCUACGACAGCCCUCUGCAAUGAAAUUGAAAGAAUGGUGGAAAGGCAUGAACGUUUUAAGCCUGAAAUGUUUGCAGAAUUGCUGCAAGCAGCAAAUACAGCUGAUGAUUAUAGGAAAUGUCCUAGUAACUGUGGCCAGUUUAUAAAAAUCCGCCGUGUUUUAAUGAAUUGCCCAGAGAUUGUUACAAUUGGUUUAGUCUGGGAUUCUGAACAAUCUGACUUGACCGAAGAUGUUGUUCGGAAUCUAGCAACACAUCUUUACCUUCCUGGGCUUUUUUAUAGGGUUACAGAUGAAAAUGCCAAAAAUAGUGAACUUCACCUUGUUGGUAUAAUCUGUUAUGCCAGUCGACAUUAUUGUGCCUUUGCUUUUCAUACUAAGAGUUCCAAAUGGGUAUUUUUUGAUGAUGCAAAUGUAAAAGAAGUUGGAACUAAAUGGAAAGACGUGGUCUCCAAAUGCAUCCGAUGCCACUUCCAGCCACUGCUGCUGUUCUACGCGAACCCAGAUGGCUCCGCAGUCUCUACUGAGGACGCACUCAGUCAGGUCAUGCCCUGGGCCCAUUAUAAAUCUGCUGCAGAAAAUACAGGAUGUGAAAAACCCUCAAUUUGUAAAUCAGAUAAUCCAAAAGAAAAUGGAGUUGGUGAUCAGGCAAAACAGAAAGAAAAUCAGAAAUUUCAAGCAGAUAAUAAUUCAUCAUUUAAUCAGAGCCACAUUCAGUCAAAUGGUAAUAGGGGACCAGUUAAAUUACGUCACAGUGAUCAAAGGGAAAAAAUGAAAGACAUUUCCAGAGAAUGUGCUCUAAAAGCCAUUGAACAGAAAAACGUACUUUCUUCACAAAGGAAAGACCUGGAGAAGGGACAGAGAAAGGAUUUGGGCCGACAUAGAGAUUUAGUUGAUGAAGAUCUUUCACAUUUCAAGUCUGGAUCACCCCCUGUACCAAAUGGCUUUAGACACUAUGGAAAUACACAGCUGUAUCACAGUCAAGGAAGAGGACCAUAUAAACAUGACCGAGUUGCCCAGCAGAAUCUAGCUUCUACCCAAAUAUUAAGUUCAAGUAAAUCCCAGUGUCUUGCUCCAGGAGAGAAAACAACUAGCAAAAUGAAAAGCGACAGUGGCACUGGCUACGACACAGACAGCAGCCAGGAUUCUAGAGACAAAGGAAGCAGCUCUACCGGCGGCAAUAAAAGCCGGAAUCGCAGUUGGAAACCCAUGAGAGAAACAUUAAAUGUUGACAGUAUUUUUAAUGAAAGUGAUAAAAAGCAGCAGAGCCCAAGACAUAAAUCAACCACUGGUAACAAAUCUAAAUGUAGUAAAGAUCAGAAUUUUAACAAUUGGCCAAAAGAAAAUCCAAAGCAAAAGAGUUUAAUGACCAUCUAUGAAGAUGAAAUGAAGCAGGAGAUAGGGAGCAGGAAUUCUCUUGAAUCUAGUGGAAAAGGAGAGGAGAAAAAUAAAAGCCUCAAAGAAACUAAAGUUCAUGGUGAUAACUGGCAGCUGCAAAGGGCUGAGUCCGGCUAUGAAAGCAGUGAUCAUAUCAGUAAUGGGUCUGCUAAUUUGGACUCGCCUGUUAUUGACGGGAACGGCGCGGUAAUGGAUGUCAGUGGCGUUAAAGAAGCAGUGCCCUUCAGUGACCAGGUUAAUACAAACAAUCUAAAUGUAGAACAUGGAAACUGUACCUCCCACCAGAGCAAAAACCACUUGGAAGGCCUGAGGAAGGAACUCAAGAACUCGGAAGUAGGCUACAAAUUACACGAGUCACAGCCACAGUCACAUCUACAAGUAAAAAAUGCUUUGACUAAAAGGUCACAUAUAGGUGAAACCAAUGAAAAAUCAUUCCCUUCAUCCAGUUCACAAGUACUCAAGGACCAUACUGCAAGAAGGCAGAACCACCAAGCAGAUGAAUGGAAACUUGAAAAAUCAAGUGAAUCCAAAUUUUCUGAAAGGCUUAACACAGAAAAUUCUGAGAGAAAAGGUUUACCUUUUCACAUUAAUGAUACUUCUGAAAAGCGAGUGAACAGUCCUGAAAUAGUCUUGCAAUCUUCAUUAUGGUCUUCACACGUGAGAACCAAUGAAUUAAAGCAAGAAACUGCUCCUCUCAUCCAGCAGCAAAAUAUGAUGGAACCAUGUUAUUCUGUGAACUCUGUACCCAGAGAGCAUUUAAUUCAGUCAACCUGUAAGGCUGAUGCUUGUCAGAUGCCAAAGCUUGUUUGCCAGAAUCCACCACCUCCUUUGCCACCAAAGAAAUAUACCAUAACCAGUGUGCCACAAUCAGAAAAAAAGGACCCUUUGCCUGAUGCCAAGCUUACAGAGAUGUUGAAAGCUAAUUCUUCAGGUCUUCCAAAGCACAGUUUAAGUACAGCUUCAGAACCAGGUUUAGAAGUAAAUAAUUAUGUCAAUGAUGAGAAACUUAAGGAAACAUUUCACGUAAAAGAGCAUGUUGGCAAAAUACCAUACUACACGUCCAGCUCUUCAGCUAAUGAUUUUCAAGCUAACUUGGGUACAGCUGUUGAUGUCCUUUGCCAAUCAAAAACAGACUCGAGUUCUUCUGUUCCAAAUGAGACAAUUGCAUUAACUACCUAUUUUUCAGUUGACAGCUGCAUGACUGAUACUUACAGAUUGAAAUACCAUCAGAGGCCCAAGCUCUGUUUUCCAGAGAGCAAUGGCUUGUCCUGAUCAUUCACUAGCUGAGAGUGAAAGAGGAGUAGGGCCUGUGGUAUAUAUACUCUUGGUUCUAACUGCCCUUCUGAGCAAAGUCACAAACCUAGUAUACACUGUAAUAGGUGAGUGUGAAACCAGCAAGCUCGACCUUCUUGGAGGCCAUUAAAAUAUUGUAAGAACCCACUGACCAAACCUAGUGACGUAUAAAAUUAAAAUCAUGGCAAUUUUAAAGUCAUCACUUCACCUUUCUAUAUACAUAUAUGUACAUGUAUUUUCAUGUGUUCAACUUACUGGAUAUUUUAGGAAUUUCCUUUGAUUAGUGUGGACAUGCUUGAAAAAUAGAAAAUCUGGGGGUAUGCAAAAAGUCACGUACACUCUGCUGUAGUUGAAUAAAAAGCCCGUUAUUGUUUGGCUAGUAGACCCAUGAAAUACUGAAAGUAACGAGUACUCAGAUAUGUGGAUUGGCAGAUCAUGCUAGUUGAAGAAUAUCAGGCGACAUGUAGUUUGGGUAGUCAAGGCAGUAUUUGCUCGACGAAGAAGCACUUUCUAAUGGGUAACCAAGAGGGCUUCACCCGUUUUUUUCUUGACUUCUGUGAUAGUCUACUACAUAUGCUUCCUUCAAGUGUCUUAUAAAAAUAUUGACCUAUGAAAUUGUUAACAUUCUGGAACAAGAAAGCCUUAAUGAUUAAGCAGCUGAAGACAGGAGAAAAUUAAUCUGCUCCUAGAUCUUUAAUCUUCAGAAUGCCUACUUAAGAUAAAUUAGGCCUUUGACUGUUAUUUGUAAAUUCAAAUUAUUGUUAUUUGAAACAUUACUUCAGCCAUGUAAGCUAAAAAUGAGUGGAGGACUUAAGUUUAGUAUAUUUAUUUAUCUUGUUACAUUUUUUCCUUAAUUUUAUAUGAAAUGUGAAAGAUUUUCAUUUUGCUUGGUUUGCAUUGGGCUGCUAAUAACCAGCGUUAGGAAUUUACCUGGGGCUCUGUUAUUGGGAAUGUCACUGUGAUUAUCUAAAUUGCCCCUGCUAUAAUCUUACCUACUUAAGAGUCUUGUUAUGAACCCAUUUUACUGAUUUUCAGGUUCUCAAAUUUCUGCUUUUAGUAUAGUUUAAUGAUAUCUAUUAAUUUGAGCAUCUCCCUUUUUCUAAGCAAAUAGUAACUUUAACCCACGUUUAAGUUAAGCCCAAGUUUAACAUUCGUGGAGAGGUCUUUAUUUAAAUAAGAAAGGAAUUUUCCAUUAUGAUGAUUACAAGUGAAAAUGAGUUACUUUAAUUGCCUUAUUAGGUUUCAUUUUAUUUUUUUAUUAAGGUGGUAAACUAAUUGUGGUUUUAUUAGUUCUAUGUUGUUGACUCCAGAGAAUUGAGAUUAUAGAUUUUCCUUUAUAGUUAUUAGUGGAUAGAUGUUUUAACUUAAUCAUGCUAUAAAUUAGUAAAUUUAUUAUCUUGACAAAAUCCUUAAGUUCAAAUGUUUCAAAAUGUGAUUCAACACUUCUAAAUUGAAAAUAAUUUAUUCUAAGUCUAAUAACCUCACUUAGUUACCAAAUCUUGGUCAAAUUUCAUUUUCCACUUACUGAAUUUUUAUCUUUGCUAACUUUCACAAUAGGUGGUUAGAUUGUUUUAGCAUAGAAAUACUUGAAUAUCAAUUUUCUUUUAAGAAAGCCUAUUUUUAACAUUUUUAGUAUAGAGUAGAGGGUUUGUAUAUAUUGUAAAGCUUAUAAAUUGUAUUUGAAGUGUAAAUUAUUUAAUUACUGCUUUUGUAACAUUGUUAAUUAGAAAAAUGGUGUACUAUGUUUUUAAUAACUUGACAAAUUUUUUUUUUUUAAUUUUUUUGCCAAGAUGUCCAGAUGAAAAUGUAUUGAGGCAUUUAAACUAAUUUGUGGUAUUUUACAGCAAUAUGGCAGAUUUGUAUUUUCAGCUCACAACUGAGUUGAAAACAUCAAGAAGAUAUGUACAAUUUGGGCUUUUUAAAGUACUGUGCAUUUGAAAUCUUCUGAAUCAUGUACUACUCUAAAAAUUAGAAAGUGACCAUUAGUUUCUAUGUUGAUGUUAACACUCCAAAUACAGAUUGAAUAUAUUUACUAAUCAUUCACAUAUAAAAUUUUUGUUUCUAGGGUGCCUAUUUAUUUUUACAGAUGCUUUCAUUACAAACUUAUGACUUUUAAAAUAAUGCAGUCAACAAUGUUCAAAGUAAGUUCAGAAUGCUCUAUUUUUCAUGUGAAAUCAGUUUAUUCUAAUUCAAAAAAAUUUGUAAGAUAAACUGAUGUUUAAGUUAUCAUGGUUGGAUCUUUCUUUGUAUUCAUGAACUAUGGAUUAAGUAUUUUAUGAGAACUGUAAGCAAAUUGAAAGUUAGGGCAUUGAUGUGUACUAUUUAUAGUCUAUCAUAAAACUAAUCUCUCCAUUUCCCCUAUACUAGAAAAUUUGAGAUUAUUCAUUAGGUUGGUACUUGGCUGAUUUUAGGCUCAGAAAGAUAGUGUGGCUAAGCAGUCUUUGUGACCUAAUGCUAAGCUAUUUGAGAACUGUUAAUCCUCUUACAACCUCAGUAGCAAGUAGUUUGUUACACCAAAAGUAAAUCAGACCAAGUAAAGCUAUACAAUUAACAUUUAUUAGACAAAAUUAUUAGCAGCAACACAAACACAGUUCAUAUAAUCUGUUAAGUACACUUGUUGAAAUCUCAGUUCUGUGCUUCUCUAAGAAGCUUCAAUCUUUGCAUUAAAGGUUGUCUUUCUGGUAGAUGCAACAAUAUCCUAAAGGCAUAACUGUUAACCUUAGAAUUGACAGUAGGUAAUCAAAACCUUCCAAAAAUCAACUAAUAGGAUUUCAUUGUAACCUUACACACUAUUAUAAAAGGUAAAUGAUGUAGAGUUUAUCGGAUCUAUGCCCCGUUUCUAAGGGAAAAGAAAUAGCUCCAAAAUAUUUAGGCAAUGCACAUGUCAAAUGUCACCUAUUUCAAAGAUAAGAACCCAUUUCUAAUAUCAGCAUAUAAAGGAAUGUUACAAAAUAGGGCUAGUUUCUCAAAGGCUUAUAGUAGCUACUUUAGGGAUGUGAUCUUUCUCAUUAAAUAUUAGCUAAUCACUCCUAGAAUGUAAAUAUCAUUAACAUAUAACAAAUCUAUGUUUUGUAAGUUUCAGGGGAGGUAAACAUUUUUUUUCUUGUUCACUGCUGUACCAUGGCAGAGAGUUAAGUGUUCAAAAUAUAUGUCGAAUGAGUAAAUAUGUCGACUUUGGAAAAAUAAGUUACAGAUAUUAUUUUAGAGAGUUCAAGAAUUUAAAAGUUAUGAAUAAAGGAAAAGCUCUCAAGUUAUGAGAACAUGCACACUAGAUUUCCAAUAUCGGAUAUUACAUACUUUCUAAGACUGUAUCAAUUUCAGAAUAACACGGCCCCCCUUACAUCUAAAACUUAAACUGGUACUUAACAGACAAUACAUUUAAGGCCUGCAUUUUCUGCCUAGCUUUUAACUUCCAUGAAAAUCCUUGCUUUGGAGUAGUUUACCUCGAAGUACUUUGCCUUAUUAUUUCAACAUAUUAGCUGCAUUAUGUUAAAUCCUGCCAACCUUAAAAAUGUUAAAGGAAACACAUUAAGAUGCUAGUUUUAGCAAUGAUGGGUGAAAUCAUUACCCAUUUAAAAUAGUCCCAAAAUGAGUAACACAAUAUAUGAAAUGAAAGUCCCUUAGAGGUCUGAUAUUCUUCUGUUGUACGAUCCUGUUCUGUCUUCUUUGUUGAAGUUUGUAGUCAUUUUCUGAAUCCAUUCCAAAAGCCAACUUGUUACUUUGGAUAUCAGGCAAAUCAUCUGUAAAAAAAAACAAGUAAUCUGUCAGUAGUGUUUCCUUUUCUACCCAUUUUAAAUCUUCAUGCCAACUUCUGAAAAUCUUGAUGGUUUUAGUCAUAAAUGAUUUACAUGUUGUUUGUAAAUCUACUUCUUCUAAGGCUCCUGUUUUCAACCAAUAGCUAAAAAUGAAGUCAUCAGAAAAAGAAUCACAAUACGAGAUAAGUUUCUACCAAAGAAAGGAGGGAGGUGGGAAGAGUGAAAACAGUUCACAAAUGGCUUGCAGAAUUUUACAGAAAUAGUCCUCAUUUCUAUUAUGCCCUCUACCUCACCACAACCUAAUUUGACACUAUCCAAGAAAUCUGAGACAAGGGGGCCUGAGAUACAAAGAGUUUUUGCCAAGAUCUGCAAAAAUGUGGGUGUGGGUAAAUUUAGUAACUGUCUUAUGACAGAAUGCAA